AUGGGGGUUAGCAGUCUGCACCUCGUUUCCCUGUUUAGCGUAGGCCUGUUAAUCUCGACGGCAUUCGUUCUAAUCAUUCCCGAAGGACUAGAACAUUACACUGUUCAUGAACCGAUAGGUCUAUGGCUCUUGGCUGGUUUUAUCGUGUUAUUCAGCAUUAAUUCUAUUACUUCCAUAGUCGGCUCCAACACGAGCGUUCCAUCCCAAUUCGAACAAUCCUUCCAGCUAUCGCACUUGAGUGAUGAUUUCACACGACCAUUGUCGCCUCCAGAAUCCGCACAGGCCCAGCCACAACUGGAACCGCCAUUAGUUUUUGCAAAAUCAGAGAAGAAUAUGCUGCUAGCACCUUUUAAGAAUCCAAGAACUUUAGGACUUAUCAUUCAUGCUCUCACAGACGGUAUUGCCUUGGCAUCUUCCAUAAUGUCCGACUCGGACGGAUCUGUGGACUUUACUUCUGUGUUCGUGGUUUUUGCCAUCUUUGUGCAUAAGCUGCCUACUUGCUUCGCAUUAUCCUCUCUCCUGCUCGCAACCGGAACAUCCAACAAAGAAAUCCUCUACCAUGUUGGAGUUUUUUCAUUAUCGUCACCGAUCGGUGCAGUUUUGACUUACUUCAUGGUGGCGUUCGUCAUCAAUGGUAAUUUCAAUGAGGCCGCUGGCGAGCUUCUAGUCUUCAGUGGUGGAGCUUUUCUGUUUGUUGGUUUCCAUGCUCUUCAUGAGACCCUGAAUCAUAAACAGAGUUCAAAAGAUAGAACUUCUCAAACAAAAGGGCUGGGUUUGUGCUUAUUGGGAAUGAUCAUACCUGCAUUUAUUGCACUCGUCAAAGACGAGGCAUAA